GUCACAAAAAAUAUUUUGUUGUGAAACGCAGUGUAUAAAAUAUUUACCUAUUGUCCAAUAAGUUAUUGUUUAUAAUUAAGAAACCGAACCAAAAUGACUUCGAUACCUUUAAUGUAUGCUCAAGAAGACUGUGAACUGGGAGGAAAAGAUGAUAUCGAGGAUGACUUUGCAUACAGAAACAAUGUGAUGAAUGCGGAUAAGGAGAUUCGGCUGGCAUUUGUACGCAAGGUGUACGGCCUCCUGAGCGUACAGCUGCUAGCCACAUUCACCAUAGCUGCUGUGUUUUUGUUGGUCAGACCUAUUCAGGCAUUUAUCCAUGAGAAUGACUGGAUGAUGAUGAUCUCAUUUAUUCUGAGCAUGGUGACGCUGUUUGCUCUCAUUGCCAAGAGGAAAGAUCACCCAGCAAACCUGUAUCUGUUGGCCGCAUUUACGGGAGUGCAAGCGUACACCAUCGGUGUGGUGGUGUCAUACUUCGACACGGCGGUGGUGCUGCAGGCUCUGGGGAUCACCUUCUCCGUGGUGCUCACCCUCACUCUGUACACGCUUAACACCAAACGUGACUUCUCCUUCGUCGGAUAUGGGUUGGUGGCUGGUCUCAUGGUGCUCAUCAUCGGCGGCUUCGUGCAGCUGUUCCUGCAGAGCUCCGCCUUCGAGAUCGCCCUGUCCUUCACCGGAGCCAUAUUCUUCAGCCUCUUCUUGGUGUUCGACACCCAGCAGAUGAUGAACACACUCUCUCCCGAGGAGUAUAUCCUGGCCACCAUCAACCUAUACAUGGAUAUCCUCAAUCUGUUCCUGUACAUCCUACGUAUAUUGAACGAGUUGAAUCGUAAUUAAAUAGUUUUCUUGUGUAUUCAGUUUGCUCACCGACGCUGAGAAUCGCAAGAUAUUGUCUCACACGACUAAGGGUCAAAUCACACCGCAACGCGACGAGUAGAUGCAUUUCUAAAGUAUGGAUUUGACAGAUU